AUGUUUCGGUGUCAGAAUCGUGAUUACAAAGGACGUUGUCACACAAAUCUAGCUACAGAUUUGUUUUUAUCACAACCCACUGCACAUUCACAUGUACCAAAUCCAGAUCAUCGUCCAAUUAGUCCACUGGUUUAUGGUUUACUGAUCAGAAAAAGUGCCACCGAUUACAACAAAUUUUUUAAACAAAUAUUAGCAGAAUACGAUUUUGAUCCAGAUUUAAUUUUGACAGAUUUUGAAGUAGGCACAAUCAGAUCAGUCAAAACAAUGCUCCUGAAUGUCCUUCACAAAGUUGCCAAAUUAGCCAACAAAAUUCAUCGAGAACAAUCGAAAUUUGAAGUUGAUAUCGCUCAAGUUCGUCAAGGACAUGAACCCAAACCAAAAAAGGCGUCGUAUCGAAAACGCGAUAAUCGAAUUAAACGUUUGGUGAAUACUUAUGAUACCAACUAUUUAGAUGAAUAG